CCUAGAGCGGCGCGAACUCUGUUGAAAUCUCUAUAAUCCGAGCAGACAUUGCAGAGGCAAACGAUGGCGAGAUCGCGGAGGAAGUACAAGAAAUCUCGCCCGAAAGUGAGGGUAGGGCUACCGAGGAAGAAGCCCGGCAUCUUCAAGCCGACAUUCACCAUACCGGAGGAGCUACUCUCGCUCGCCGCCGCUUCUUCGGACGCUGCGGGUGAGGAGAAAAGGAUCUGGGAUGACAAGGGAAGCUACCUUCAAAACUAUCGCACCUUCGGCGUUGUUGCAAAUCCCAACCUCCUUGGCGUUCGGGCCCGUGUAUCGGCGGUCGUUCAGUGUGCCGAACUCCAGCUUCCUAACUACGACGCGGCACCCGUUUUAGAGUUUGAUUCGAUUGACAGUGGAAGCGAUCUCGAAUCGGAGGGUUGGUUCUGACCUUUGUUUUGCAUGUAAAAAUUGAAAGUUUAGGCGUUAGAUGUGUAUAUGCAUAAGAAUUCCGUGGUAUGUAUUUA